AUGGGAUUAAAUAUUAUAUUAUUUCGCCACUAAAUAAUUGUUUCUGCGGCACUAUGAACACGAUACGGAGCUCCACCCCCGUACUGCGGUCCAGGACCAAUGGCAGCACCGUAAGUGCCGCCUGUAACGCACACAAUGCACAGAGAAAUGUCGAGCGCCACCGGACGCAUAGCAAAAUACUUGGCGGCCGUAACAAUCGCAGCCGAAAUAAUGAGCGAACUAAACUACCGACCAAUAAAAGAUCACUACCAGAAAUCGAAUACGAAGAGGAAAUGUAUGAGAAUGAUCCUUUGGCAGAUGAACAAGACUCAGAGGGUAGGAUUGUGAAGAAUCCGGCUCACCUUAAAUCGCCACCUGGUAAAAAACCUCUCCUUCAACUACUAAUGGACGAGGACCCACUUUUUCCUAUGCAAGCAGUCGAAUCGAGAGAUAACGAGACAUCGCAAAAGUUUUACGUGCGCCUUACAGACGCGCCAAAGGAUGUGUGCAUUAGGCAGAUUAAUAGCAUAAGAUCUACACCAACCAAAAAAACAGAAAAACCUUACCGCCCAAGCGCAUAUUCGACUGCGCGGUCAAGCCAGCGCUUUAUCUGGCGCUCUGAGGCGACAUGUAGGCUGCUGCAAUUGUGGGAGCAGCAUUUGACAGAAUUUCGCGGUAAAAAGAGAAAUACAGAAAUUUAUAAAGAGAUGGAAAAUCAAAUGCGUGAUUUUGGCGCACCAAGUCAUGUUGAAAUUAAAGGUAAAAUGGAUAACCUGUCGAGGAAAUAUCGCCAAGAAGCUGAGAAACUUCGAUCGACCGGAGCUCGAUCCAAGUGGGUGCUUUUCCAUACGAUUCAAAAACUCCUGAUUGGUACCAAGUCCGUCAAUGUUUUUGAGGAUAUUAUGUUCGAGAAAAAUGGAUCCUCGAACAAUUUAAGCAAAGAUCUGGCGUCUGGCGAUAAUGAAAUCCAUUCAUGGAUGGAUUCUCCAGCUCCCAGUUACGAAAAUCAUCGACAGGAAGAUAACGAGUUGGACGACCAUCCCCACGAGGAUACGCUUGGAAAAAAUUAUCUUAUUGAGGAGACAGAAGGUUUUAAUGACGAUCAAUAUGAGAGAGCCACCUCCUCGCCAGAUUUUCAAAGUGAAUUGAACAGGAAAGAAAGUCUUUCAGAUCGAUUGCUAGAAAUCGAGGAGGAAAAACUGUCCAUAGAACGGGAGAAGCUUAAAGUUAUGAAAGCGGCUGUAAAGGAACUGUCCGCAUUCCAUAGAGAUAUAAUGCAGCAUUUGGAGCAAAAAAACAAAAAAUACGUUAUGGCCGACCAGAUGGAAACAAGCCAAAUUUUUACGAGCAAUCUAGAAUACGCGGCUAGAACUAAAGAAUCGCAGCGAGAAAUAGCACAAAAAAUCAAAACAGGCGAGUACAAGCUGCUGCGCAAGGAUCAACGCAGCACCGUUUGGAAAGUGUACCGGGUAAUCAUUGACUCCGACGGUACGCCACUGAGAUCGUCGUAUUUUUGCACCGGAUGCAAUCGAGUGUUAAAAUCCGGCAGUGGCAACACAUCGAAUCUCCGCAUCCACAAGUGUCACGUCAAAUAUAUGAGACAUCUUUACAAGGAAAAAGAGGCGAGACACGCCAUGGAGAAACAACAGGAUGACAUUCGUGAUAAUAAGCUGGAGUAUACACAAGCGGAGAUGAGGCAGCGAACGUAUCGCAAAGAUAAUCCCACCCGACACGAAUGGUGCGCCAAUGGCACCAAAAUGCUUCUGCAGCUGUGGGCAGUGUACAUUGAUGAUUUGCGCGGCAAGCGCAAGAAUAGCCAUGUUCAUAGGGAAAUGGCACUGAAAAUGAAACAUUUCGGGGCAAGUCCUGUCGAAGUCAAAGCCAAAAUGGACAAUUUGACCAAGAAAUAUCGCAAGGAGGCGAAGGAUGUUCAAUUAUUUGGGAGGCCAUCCAAGUGGGAGCAUUUCUAUAGACUUCAGUCACUCCUAAUUGGCACCAAAGCCGUUGAUCUAAGUAGCGAUUUCACGUUCGACAGCAGAGCCUCUUCAGAUGACGACAAGGAUGCAAUGGAAAGUGCAACUGAUGAUAUCGAUGAGGCCUAUGCUGAAGAGGACGAAGAGGACAAUUCCCAAGAUGGGCUACUCCAAGACGAAGAAGAGGAGGAUGAUUAUAUCCCAGACAACAUGAUAGAGAAUAUAGAAGUCCCCUCUGUUCGACCAGCUUUGAGGAAAUACGCCGAGACUAGCAUGGUAGAGGAAAUGGAAUUGCCUUCUGCAAGACCGUGUUUGGAGAACUACGAAGAGGAGCUCGAUAAGCAGAACCUAACUAUAGAACAAAAGUACAAAGCUAAACGGAAAAGAGAAGCUAGAUUGCUGGAAAUAGAAGAGGAAAAGCUGGCCAUAGAGAGGGAAAAACUGAAAACGAUGAAAUACUUAAAGCAGGAGCUGUCAUCCUUUCAUAAGGACAUGUUUAGGCUGCUUAACCACAACAAUUAAUCUGCAAUUGGCAAAUAAGAAAUGUACAAGUAACAAUAAAUUUAAUUUUUUUUUCCUAACAUA